GAAGCAUGGCGGGGAAGGCAUUGGUAUUUCGAAAUUCUUGUCGGUUUUUUAGAUAUAGAAAGUUGUCAAGAAUUUUAGUAGCAAAACGACAUGUUAGUACCGAUGCAGAUUAUACGACGGACGAAAGGAGCACACAUUUUGGUUUUCAGCAUGUUUCUGAAAAGGAAAAAGAAGAAAAAGUUUACAAAGUCUUUGAAAAUGUUGCAAGUAAAUACGACCAGAUGAAUGAUGCUAUGAGUUUUGGAGUUCAUCGUUUGUGGAAAGAUCACUUCAUGCGACGGCUUUCCCCAGCAAGUGGUACAAAGCUUCUAGAUGUAGCAGGAGGCACAGGUGACAUAGCCUUCAGAUUCUUAGAAUUCCUAAAUAAUCAAGGGGAAUCAUUUACUAAGGACAUUUACCCAGAUAUUGUAGACUUGGCCUCUGCGGAGAAAUCAGUUGAAGAAAGUGACAGUAUGCCUGAGCAUUUUUUAAAAUCUUCUGUCACAGUUUGUGAUAUAAAUCAAGCUAUGCUAGAUGUUGGAAAAGAGAAAGCUCAAAAUAUGGGUUUUACCUCAGGUGGGUCUAAUGAUAUAGUUAUGGACUUAAAUAAUUUAUACAUGGAAAGUUCAUCUCCUCCAGCGUGAAAG